GUCGGACCUUCCCAGUGUGACACCCAGCGGAAGUAAACAACACUACUAGUAGCGUCAUGAGCUGCAUGCUGCUUUGUUCAGUCAGCUGAAGACGAUGUUGUAGUCGUAGUGCGGGUAACUCUUCACUUGAUGAUCAAACAACAAUGUCUUCAGUUGAGUCUUUGAGAGAGUUUGUUAACGAGCGACUAACUGCUGCUGCUGAAGAAAUACUCAGAGUUUUAGAGAAAACUAUCGUCGAGCAGGAGGAAGAGAUCGAUCGUCAGCGCAGACUGUUGGAUAUCGUGUUGAAACCCGAGAUCAAGUUACACAGGAGAGGUGAGGACUACUACUAUGAUCUUUAUAAAGAGAUCAAGUUACACAGGAGAGAGCUCCCACAGCAACAUGUCUGUAAGGAGGAGGAGGUUCCUGUUGACCAGCAGCUCUGUAUUCAGGAGAGGAACUCCAGUCUGGACCAAGAGGACCCAGAUCCUCCACAGAUUAAAGAGGAACAGGAGGAACUCUGCACCAGUCAGGAGGGAGAGCAGCUUGAACUGAAGCAGGAGACUGAUUCCUUUAUGUUGACUCCUACUCAUGAGGAAGCUGACAACAGUGAAGAUCAGACUCUUUACUUGAAUGCUGCAGAGAAAGAGUCUGUUGUCAACAUGCCAGUUAUAACCUCUGUAUUAUCGGUAGCAAACAGUGACCACCAGCUCUUCUCUCACAUCUCUCAUGAAGCUGAGAGCCAAGAUCAGAAAGGAGGCGAGCAUGGAGACUCAGGAUCAACUAGAGAUGCAGAGCCGAAAUCAAAGAAAAGACUUCACAAAAGCAGAAGUCACAGUAACAAUGUAAACAACUCUAACUUGUUAGAGAUUCACCGUACCACUAACACAGGUAAACAGUCUUUCAAAUGUGACACAUGUGGGAAAAGAUUCACUUGCAUGUCAUCAUUGAAGAUUCAUAUAAGAACCCACACUGGUGAGAAGCUGUACAUUUGCAAAACAUGUGGGAAAAGAUUCGAUGACAAAACAUCAUUGAAGAUUCAUAUUAGAACCCAUACAGGUGAGAAGCCAUAUUCUUGCAAAAAAUGUUGGAAAAAAUUCAGUCAGAUGUCAUCAUUGAAGACUCAUAUGAGAACCCACACUGGUGAGAGGCCAUAUUCUUGUAAAACAUGUGGAAAAGAUUACAUAAGUAAUGAUCACUUGACAGUUCACAUGAAAAUCCACACAGGCGAGAAGCCAUAUUCUUGCAUAACAUGUGGAAAAGAUUUCAUCAGUAAGAGAGAAUUGACAGUCCACAUGAGAGUCCAUACAGGCGAGAAGCCGUAUUCUUGCAAAACAUGUGGAAAAAAAUUCAGUCAGGGUUCAACAUUGAAGAGUCACAUGAGAACCCAUACUGGUGAGAAGCCAUAUUCUUGCAAAACAUGUGGAAAACAUUUUGGACGUAAAAGUAACUUAAUGAUCCACAUGAAAAUGCACACAGGUGAGAGGCCGUUUACUUGUAAAACAUGUGGAAAAGGUUUCAAACAAAGUAGUGAAGUGAAAGUCCACAUGAGAACUCAUACAGGUGAGAAGCCAUAUCCUUGCAAAACAUGUGGAAAAGAUUUCGGACAUAAAAGUAGCUUUUUGGUCCACAUGAGAAUCCACACAGGUGAGAAGCCGUUUACUUGUGAAACAUGUGGGAAAAGUUUCACACAAAAUAGUGAAUUGAAAGUCCACAUGAGAACCCAUACAGGCGAGAAGCCGUAUUCUUGCCUAACAUGUGGGAAAAAAUUCAGUCAGACGUCAUCAUUGAAGACUCAUAUGAGAACCCACACUGAUGAGAGGACAUAUUCUUGUAAAACAUGUGGAAAAGAUUUCAUGUGUAGUGUUGAUUUGACAAUCCACAUGAGAACGCACACAGGUGAGAAGCCGUUUACUUGUAAAACAUGUGGGAAAGGUUUCAUACGUAGUAGUUACUUGUUGGUCCACAUGAGAAGAUUCCACACUGGUGAGAAGCCGUAACUUUGUGAGACCUGUGGGAAAAGUUUCCUUUGCUAACAUAACAUUACUUUAUUAUUUUUAUUUCAUAAUAUAUCACUUUUUAUUAAAGAAAAUUGCAUCACUUUUGUAAUGAAAUAAUUGUUUACAUGUAGGAGUAUUGUAAUUCUUCACCACCUUUUACCCCGAAACAUGUGAAUAUUAUAUCAUUAUGUGACACUGA